AAAAAAUGGCUUAUACUUUAAAUAAUCUGGCUUCUUGCAGCCUCUCAGACGAAAGUAGGUCAGAGGCUGAUGCAUAGCUGACAGUAAAGAAAGGAAUUUGACUAAGCUUAUUGCUGCUCUGAAUCAUACAUUGCAAUGGCGUCUAUUGUCCUAGUCACUGAUGCUACCAGCUUCACAUCAUCACACAUUAUCAAACAGUUGCAAGAGGAAGGUUAUCAAGUGAGAGGCACUGUCACUUCUUUGCAGGAUGAAGAGACUAGAAUUAAGUUACUACAGGAGCUUGUACCUGAAGCAAAGUACAAGCUGGAGGUAGUGGAGGCAGACCCUGCCAAAUCUGAGACAUGGGAAAGUGCAAUGAAAGAUGUGCAGCAUGUAAUUCAUGCAAUCAAACCAGCGGCAGCAUUACCACCGGCAGCUGAAGGAGAAGCUCCUGUGCAACCUGCAGUUGAAGCUGUACAAAACAUUUUCAAAGCCAGUGUUGUUUCUAAAACAGUUAAGAGGAUAGUUCUUACCAGUUCUUAUCAAGCAAUAACAGCUGCCCCUACUGCAGCAACUGACAAAGUUUUCACAGAGGCAGAUUGGGCUGAUGCAGAAACAGCAGACCCUCUUACCAAGUCAAUUAUCUUAGCAGAGAAAUCAGCCUGGGACUUUGUUAAAGAGCUCACAGAUGCUGAUAAAAUUGAUUUGUGUGUUAUGAACCCUACCCUUCCACUGGGUCCACCUCUUUUAGAUGCCCAGCAAGAUGUGGUGAAAAUGAUAUUAGACAGAGGCAUCACAGGCUGCCCAAGGGUUAGUUAUUCUCUAGUAGAUGUAAGAGAUGUGGCAGCAGCUCAUGUCAAAGCUUUAGCACUUGAUGUCUCAGGACAUCGCCACAUUCUGCAUGGAGGUAACUUGUGGAUGAAAGAUAUUGCACUUGCGUUAGCUAAAGAAUACAAACCACAAGGUUAUAGCAUUCACACUAUGAGCCUUCCUAAUGUCGCACUGUGGGGCUUGAGUCUUUUUAACAAAAAUGCAAAAACCUUUCUGCCUAUUGUUGGCAAACAAAGCCAGUUUGAUAACACGAGGAUGAAGGAUGUUCUUGGUAUCAGCCCUAAAGAUGUUAAAGAAACUAUUAUGGAAGAAGCCAGUGUUCUGAUAGAGAAAGGUUUGGUUAAAAAGCCUAAGAGAACCAGGUGUCAGGGAGGUGGAGCAGCAGCAGCUGAUAAUGAAGCUAAAACAGAGGAAGCAACUGAGAAGAAAGAAGGAGAGGGAGAGGACAAACCUAAGGAAAAUGGGGAUGUAAAGGAAGAGGAAGCAGAAAAGAAAGAAGACCAAGAAGAAAGUAAAGGAGAUGGCAAAGUGGAGGAAAAGAAAGAGGAGGAAGCCAAGAGUGAUGCAGACAAAGCAGCUGUGGACGAAGUCAAAACUGAAGCACCAGAAGAGUCCACAGAAGCCAAGGCUGAGAACUAAAUUAAAUGUGAUGCACAGGUAAGAGUGGUUUAUAAAAGCACCAAUUUUACGAUCACUUAGAAUAUAAUUGACCAGUACAGCUUAUCAUCCUAAUUAAAUACAUUUUUGUAUGUCAUUAAAACCAAAAUUUGUUGUGCCUGCUUUUUCUGUGCCAACUUUGUACCUUUUUUUUUUUUUUUAAAGGAAAAUCAAAGAUUUGUUUUCUAUAAUGUGAAGAAUCAAAACAAACAAAACAAUUUUGUGACUAUUUCAUUGUGUACAGCUGAUGACAUUAGCUGUUUUUGUUUUAUUUCAGCUUAUGUGAACAGUCUUAAGCAUAUGUUUUCAAAACUUGUGAUUACAUGUUUUUGUUUAGUUCAUCAUUGUGUCUUCAACUUACAUUAAAAACAAAAUGUUUUUUUUAACGUCUUUGUAAAAGCAAUUGUUAUGUUGAACUAUGUUUCAACUUUUUCAAUAUCUUAAACACUUGUAGGAAAGGAAACAGGGGAGUACAGUGAUAAAAGCUUAUCUUUAUGACUUAAGACAUUUUCCUCAGUUCAUGAAGUAGUUCAAAAGUUCCAAGUAAUAAAGCCUGUUUCAUUAGGAAAGAAAAAGAAAUGUUUGCCAUUGCAUACCAUUGAAGUAUACUCUUUUCUUUUCUUUUUUUUUAGCAAUGCUUUGUUCUCUUCUCUUGUAAUGUAUAAGGCAAUAGAGUUGAACAGAUGGCUAAUAAAGUCCAGUGGAUUAAAUUCUACAAUAUGACUUGUUUUAUUUGUACCCAGCUGUAAGACUGCCUACAUUGUAUAGUAUGAUGUUCAUUGUUUUUUUAAUGCAUUUUUUUUGUAAUGUGCAAUGGCUUUGUCAUAUUUCAACUCAUCAUUGUUUAUGUAGCUUAUGAACAAAUUAUGGCUUUUUAGCCACAACCAUAAUGGGUUUUUUAUUUUUAUUUUUUUUAAGUUGUAAAAAAUUUUUAAUUGCUAGGAAAUUCUUUGGAUGCCUUAUUUAGCUGGUUUUCAAAUUAUGGUUUUAAAAAAAAGUUUUUUCUCCAAAAUUUGUUUCACCCCUUUUUUGAUACUUUGAAGCAGGUAAAUUUAGAAUGCUUUAUAUUAGCUAUGUGCAGGAAACUUUUUUGUUAGCACAUUCACUUGACUUGAUUCCAUGACUUCUGUUGACUGCAGUAAAAUUCCAUCAUUUUAGAUCAUUUUAGGCUCAUUUUUUUCUUGGAUUAUUUUUUAAAUUCUAAGUACAGUAUUUUGCACAAAUAUACAUUUUUGUAACCAAACGGACCAAUGCUUUUAAUGAGACCUAAUUAAUUAUGGGAAAAUUGUUCAUGCACAAAUUAAUUUUUCUGUUACUACCCAAGUCUUAUUGUAUUGCCAUUUUACUUAAACUAGUCUCAAAGUUUGCCUUUCAAAUAGUUUGGCACAACUGUUAUGAAUAAGGGUUGUUAUAUAAUUAUUUUUUGUGUGACUUGGAUCAGUAUUCUGAAACCAUGACACAAUUAAGUUACAUUUAUAAACAGUGUAUUUAAAGUUUGAUAUUGAUUUUGACCUACACAUCUUUGUUUUCAAUAAUUUCAGGUUGUUUGUGUAUGUGUUCUAGUUAUUAGUUUUAUAUUGAUUCUUAUGUUCUUUUCAAGAUCUGCAACCAUUUUAUUUUUACAUGACAGAAAACAGUAUUUUGAGAUCCAGUCAAACAGAUGUCUUAUUCAAUUAUUUUUUUUAUACAGCAACUUUUAAUUAAACAUGUGUAUAUUUCCAUGUAGUAUUGAACAGCUUUUCAUAUGGGUCACUUAAGUCCACUAUAUUUUUUUUUAUUGGAUUGACCAUUUUUCAAAAGCUUUUAUUUUUUUUUAUAUUAUCCCAUUAUUAGAUUUUUCCCUCCCUAUUAUGUUUGUAUUUAUUUACCAUAAGUAUUUUUUUUUUAAUUUUAAAAUAUUUACUUUAACAUACAUUUUUUCAGACAAUUUUAAAUGAAAUUUAUUUUUUUUUACAAAUGCAUUUCAAAUUUUAUUUAAGAAUCAUAUGAUUGAGAUUAGUUUAAGUGAAAGCUGACCCUUGAGUUUUAUACUUAGUUGGAUGACUUUAUCACAAAGGCUGUACAGACUUCAUUAUUUUGUCUUAUAAAUGCCAGUGUUUGGUGCAAUCUUGUUUUGUUCCAGCUAAACAUUUGCCAGUGAAAUCUUUUAAUGUUUCAUACACAAAACUAGACAAACCUUGUACAUUAAAAGAUGCUGUCAAUGACAAACGUUUUCUCCCCCUGGCUUUUUUUUCCCCUCAUGUACUUACAAAGGCUUUCAUUGUGUUCAAUUGCUGCUUGUUGACACCUAAUUUUAGUACCAUGCUGCUUCUUGUCCAUUGAUACGCCUGAUAUUAUUUAAAUCUUUUCUUUAAGUCAUGUGGUGUGACAGUAAAGCAAACUUCAGUCUUUUCAAAUUAUUUCCAAAUUAUUGUACUAUUUUUUUUUUUAAUGUUGUCUAGUAAGUUUAUUCCAAAUUGAAAUGUUACCUUUUUUUUUUUUUUUUUUUCUUAGAAUUGUGCUUUAUAUGAAAAUAUUGUGCUUCCUUAUUUUGUUAUUAUUAAUGCUUGGCAUUUGUGUGUGAAAAUAUCUGUUUUAGAAUCUCUAGAUGACUUCAAUUAUGCUACAAUACUUAAAGCAACAUUAACCUGAAUUACUCAAUUUGCUUAAUAGCUGAAAACACCAUUUUACCUACUUUGGUACAUUAAAAUUAACCUCUUACUGCACACUCUCCUAUAUACCUAAAUCUUGUGAAGUUGUUGUUAGUACAUUCAAAUAAUUUACACUGUACAUUGUGUCCUGUGACAAGUUUAUUAUAAUUUAAUAUAAACAUCACUUGAAGUUGUUUCCAUAUUAAUAACAGUAUGGAAGCUUUCUAAGGAGCUGUAUAAAUAAGAAUGUCUUGCACUUUUUCUGGAUAGCUUGAAAAUACCAUUUUUUGGUUGUGGUUUAGCCUUACAAUGAGUGAUUUCAAAGCGGUUUGGACAUAGCAAGUGUAUACGAUGGGUGAAACUGUAUUUGAAACUUGAAUGCAUGUUGUGGUGCUCUGUUAACAGCAAACACUUUUAUAUAUAUAUAUCGUCCUGAGAAUACUGCCUUUUUAUGGCCUGCUUUUUAAUUUGCUCAUAUUUUGCUAAGAAUUUUUGAUGUGCCUAAAUAUUUUUUUAUAUAACACUACAAAGAUAAUCUAUUUUCCCCCUCGUAAAGCAUUUUUUAAACAUCAGUGCUUGAUGCUCCAUCUUUGCCAUCUCAGAACAAAAACUAGCAGUCUGGUCUAUAUUGAUAUUAACAUUUUGAAGAAAUCCUGUCUGAGCAAGUGACAUAAAAUUACAGAAUGAUUACAACAGCAUUCCAUUUCUUGAUUAUGUAUUUUAUGAAACAAUUGUUUUUCAAAAUGUUUUUUUUUUCCCCUAGACUUUGUUUUCCAGUAGUACUCAGCCAAUAGUUGACUUGAUCAUUGUUCUAGACUAGACAACUCACUUUGUUACUAGCUAGGAUCUAAAGCUUUAAUUGAUUCUAUGUUCACAUAUGAAUGUUUUGCUUGGCCUAGUUGUUGCUCUAUAUAUAGCUGUUAUUAGUGUGUUGAUAUGUGCAGCUUUAAACAGAUUGAAUUGUUGUAUGCAAUUAGCUAGUCAUAUAAUGUUAGUGGCAACAUAAAAGUCAUAAUUAUUGAAUGUCUUGAAAAACAUGUAACAAAAUGCACUUUAUUUUGUCAACCAAAAAAAAUGUGUGGUUUAUUUAGUUUAGGGUAGGCUAACAUUUGGAUUAUUUUAUUGGUGUUGGGGCUGACUCUGAUUUGCAUUUGCAGUGUUCUGUGUAGUAUAGUAUGUGUGCCCUCUGUGGCACCACUAGAAGUUCAUAGUUGUAAACUUGCUGCCAGCAUUGAAAGUAUUUUUUAUAAACAUAUAUAUAUAUAUUAUUAUUUUUUUUUGCAUGCUAUUCUCUUUUGUGUAUUGACUAUCUAUGUAUUUCUAACCCUGUCAAUAUAUUCUGUGCUUUGAUGUCCUGCUCUUUCUACUAAUGCUAGUCUGUUCUCUUUUUGCAUGGAAUUCUACUUUCAGUUUUGACAUGUCUUGGUUUAUAAGCACCAGUGGCCAUUUUCAACCUGCUAUGACCCACUUUGUUCAUCAUUUUUGAUUAUUUCCCUUACAUUUGAUGAUACGUGAAUGUUUUUUUUUCUUGCAAUAAGUUGUAUAAAGCUUGUACAGUUGAUAUUAUUAGCAUGUUGAUUUUGACAGCUUUUUAUUUUCCCAAUAUAUUAUGGAAAGAAAAACAGGGUCCUGUCUCAUCUUGGCAAACUUCAAUCUGAACCUAAUAAUCUCAUUGACUUUGUCGGUCAGUCUGUUCCAACUUUGUUCACAUCUCAUUUAGUUUUCAUUGGAUUCAUCCAUUGGUUUUAUACUUUGAUCAUCUCUCUGGGUUUUUGUUUGUUUCACUGUGUACAUUGGCUUCAACAUAAACUAAAGCAAUGGAGCAGAACCCUAUCUUCAUUGUAUGAAAACCUUUUUUUUUUUUUUUUCUGUCAUCUCAACAUGUUGCCUAACCUUGCUCUUCAAUAUUAUAAUUAUUAUUAUUACUGCUCAACUAUCACUUGGCACUUCAUGAUGGUCAAACAAAUAAACAUUUUAUUUAGAAA